AACAAACAAACACUUCCCCCUGCAAAAGAACAAGAAACAAAACAAAACACAAAACAAAAUUAUAGUUUUCAUUUGCUUUACAAAUCUAGUCUGCAAGAAUUCAGCUUUUAAAGGGCCGUCUUCAACUUAGAUUCAAGAAAUGGGAGAAGAAGAUCCCCAUCACCAGCAUCAUCAUUCUGAUACAGAGCUUUUGUCAGGCGAAAAGGUACCUUACAGUGGACCUUUAAGUGGACCUCUUAACAAAAGAGGAACAAGAAAGAGUGCAAGGUUUAACAUUCCAGAAUCUAGUUCAUCUCAAGAUGAACAAUAUGUGGAGGUUACACUCGAUGUUCGUGAUGAUUCUGUAGCAGUCCACAGUGUUAAAGCAGCAAAUGGUGUUGCAGAAGAUCCCGAAGUGACAUUACUAGCUAAAGGACUAGAAAAAAGAUCAGCAUCUAAAAUUGUUAGAAAUGCUUCUGCAAAAAUCAGACAGGAAAUAAAGCGUUUGGCUUCAUUUUCAAAAAGGCAGCCUCCUAGUCGUCUUGACAGAACAAAAACUGCGGCUGCACAUGCUUUGAAAGGACUUGAGUUCAUUAGCAAGACUGAUGGAGGUGCAGGAUGGGCCGCAGUGGAGAAGCGUUUUGAUGAAAUUACUGCUUCUACCCACGGCUUGCUUCCUCGUUCGCGCUUCUGUGAAUGUAUAGGAAUGAAAGAGUCGAAGGAAUUUGCAGGGGAGUUGUUUAACGCACUUGCUAGGAAGAGGAACAUACAAGCCGAUUCAAUUAGUAAAGAUGAAUUGAAGGAUUUUUGGGAACAAAUUUCAGAUCAGAGUUUUGAUUCCAGGCUUCAGACCUUUUUUGACAUGGUUGAUAAAGAUGCAGAUGGUAGAAUCACAGAAGAAGAAGUUAGAGAGAUCAUUACUCUUAGUGCUUCUGCAAAUAAACUAUCAAAUAUCCAAAAACAAGCAGAGGAAUAUGCAGCCUUGAUCAUGGAAGAGCUGGAUCCAGAAAGACAUGGAUAUAUCAUGAUAGAGAACCUGGAAAUGCUUUUAUUGCAAGGGCCAAACCAAUCUGUAAGAGUAGGAGACAGCAGAUAUCUAAGCCAAAUGCUCAGCCAAAAGCUUAAGCCUACACUAGAUGACAAUCCAAUAAAGACAUGGUGCAGGAGCAUCAAAUACUUCCUUUUAGAUAAUUGGCAAAGAGUAUGGGUGAUGGCUCUAUGGAUUGGGGUUAUGGCUGGUCUAUUUACCUAUAAAUAUGUGCAGUAUCGACGACGAGCUGCUUAUAAAGUAAUGGGAGCAUGUGUCUGCAUUGCCAAAGGAGGAGCUGAGACACUCAAAUUGAAUAUGGCUUUAAUUUUAUUACCUGUUUGCAGAAACACGCUUACCUGGCUUAGAAAUAAAACUAAGUUAGGUCUUGUGGUUCCUUUUGAUGACAACCUCAACUUCCACAAGGUGAUAGCAAUUGCAAUUUCAGUGGGAGUUGGUCUACAUGCAAUUUCUCAUUUAACAUGUGACUUCCCUCGACUUCUUCAAGCAAGUGAAGAAAAAUGGAAGCUUAUGCAGAAAUAUUUUGGGGACCAACCUUCAAGCUAUUGGCAUUUUGUCAAGUCAGUAGAGGGAGUAACUGGAAUUAUAAUGGUAGUUUUGAUGGCAAUAGCUUUUACAUUAGCUGCUCCUUGGUUUAGAAGAAACAAGCUCAAUUUGCCAACUUUCCUAAAGAAGCUUACUGGUUUUAAUGCCUUCUGGUACUCUCACCAUCUCUUUGUCAUAGUCUAUACCCUACUCAUUGUUCAUGGCCAAUACCUCUACUUGACUAAAGAAUGGUACAAGAAAACGACCUGGAUGUAUUUAGCUGUUCCAGUAAUUCUUUAUGCAAGUGAAAGAUUGACCAGGGCAUUAAGGUCUAGCAUCAAGCCUGUUACUAUAAAAAAGGUGGCUAUUUACCCUGGAAAUGUGUUGGCACUUCACAUGUCAAAGCCUCAAGGAUUCAAAUACAAGAGUGGACAGUACAUGUUCGUCAAUUGUGCCGCCGUCUCUCCAUUUGAAUGGCACCCAUUUUCCAUCACUUCAGCUCCUGGAGAUGAUUAUCUAAGUGUUCACAUUAGAACUUUGGGUGAUUGGACAAGGCAGCUCAGAACAGUAUUUUCUCAGGUUUGCCAACCACCUGAUACUGGGAAAAGCGGACUUCUCAGAGCUGAUGGCUUUCAGGGAAACAACAACCCGAAUUUCCCAAGAGUUCUGAUUGAUGGUCCAUAUGGUGCACCAGCACAAGACUACAAGAAAUAUGAAGUGGUUCUACUCGUGGGUCUAGGAAUUGGAGCAACACCAAUGAUAAGUAUAGUAAAGGACAUAGUGAGUAACAUUAGGGCAACGGAUGAAGAAGAAGAGAAUGCAAUAGAAAAUGGAACAUUACCCAAAACGCCAAGUCCUAAUACUUUUAAAAGGAAAGAAAAUUUCAAGACAAGAAGGGCAUACUUUUACUGGGUGACGAGGGAACAAGGGUCUUUUGAUUGGUUUAAAGGGAUAAUGAAUGAAGUGGCUGAAUUAGACGAUAACCAUGUCAUAGAGCUUCAUAACUAUUGCACCAGUGUUUAUGAAGAAGGAGAUGCAAGGUCUGCGCUAAUUGCUAUGCUUCAGUCCAUUCAUCAUGCCAAAAAUGGUGUUGAUAUCGUCUCUGGGACUCGAGUUAAGUCCCAUUUCGCCAAACCUAAUUGGCGAAAUGUCUACAAGCGCAUUGCCCUUAACCACCCAGAUUCUCGAGUUGGGGUGUUUUACUGCGGGGCACCAGCUCUAACAAAAGAGCUACGACACUUAGCUUUGGAUUUCUCGCACAAGACAAACACCAAGUUUGAUUUUCACAAAGAAAACUUCUAAUUUUUAAAUGGAUAAGAAGAAAAAGCGAGAUAAAAAGAAAACCCACUUGACGAGUCCCUCUUUAGCUCCAGCAAGAUCGCACUUUCUAGCACGUUAUACAGAUUUGGGCUCCUUUUGUUGACCUUAACGAAUAUUGAUAAAUGAUAAUGUAUUGUUUAUUGCGUUUGUCGAUAGAAAAUUUGGUAAAUUAUGCACGCAAAGGAUAGUGCGUUUGGUUGAUUGAACUGAAGGGACAGGGGCAGCCCACCACCACCAAGGCACCAACAAAAAGUAGGUGUAUGUGAGCGUGGCUACAUGUUGUGAUCACCUAUGUGAAUGUCUAUAUACAAGAGGAAUGCAAAGCACCUUCUCCCUUC